UAAAAGGCACCAACUACCCAAAUCAUGAACAUGCCUCUUACGUUUUGGCACCAACUACAGAGAAUAAUGCACACACACAUAUAUGCAAAUACACCUUGAAGACUUCUACCUCUUCCACUCUUUCUCCCGUUCUCUAUCGAGCACCGCCCCCUCUCUUUUCCUUUUUUCCCUCCUUGGCUUCCACCUGCUUCACACUAGAGAUUCGCCAGAGCGUCAGUACGCGUAAACCCUCGGGAACUGAACGAAUCGGUAUAAAGUGCGCAUCCCUCUUCUCUAUUCAACUGCACUUUCUUUCUACGCGUUUAUAAGAUCAUCGUCUCCACACUGAUCUCGUGUCUUUCCCACAAUGUUUCUUUCUGAACUUUAAUCAUAAUUCAUCGAUGGAAUAAACGCGGGGAUGAAGAUGAAACCGAACCUCAGAGAAGACAGAAGAAGAGGAUCAAACGAUCAAGGAGUUACGUUUCAAACAGUCAUCUAUAAAGGUCUUCAUUAGCAUUUGUCAAGAGGGCAUUUACAUAAGGGGCAUAUUUAGGCUGGUGUCUCAGAGCAGAGCCAGUCACAUCCAGCACGCUGAGAGCACCCCAGAGGAGCCGCAAAUACGCUUGUGUGUGUUUUGGAGUGCGUAAGACAGAGUGUCUUGGAUACAGAGGGGACCGGAGCAGAGGGGAGUAGCCUGGAAGGUCGAGAGAGCAUGUGCUAAACCGAUAGAUAGAUUGAGAGAGAGAGAGAGAGAGAGAGAGAGAGAGAGAGCGAGAGAGAGAGAGAGAGAGAUAAUCGGAUGUAAACACGAACUGACUGGAAAGCUGCAACCAGUUACUGCGCAAAACAGUAGGGAAAGCGAAACCACAGGGAUUCUCCACACGGUAACUUUUGUUUCAGCGGGUGUUUUUGAGUGGCAGUAAUGGGUGCAGUCGGUGAGGUGGUUGGCAGCUUCUCUCACGGCUUGGAGAGCUUUGCGCAUGGGUCUCAUUUCGUCCUCACUCCCCCAGGGGACUCCGGCGCUCUGAUGAACGAGCACCUCGUCUCCGCCGAGCGCCUGUCACGCAGCACUUCACCGGACCUGACGCAUCUCAAAGGGAUACUACGCCGACGGCAGCUCUACUGCAGAACCGGCUACCACCUUGAAAUAUUACCGGACGGUGUGGUGCAAGGCACGAGAAAAGACCACAGCCGAUUUGGUAUAUUGGAAUUCAUUAGCCUCGCUGUGGGGAUGGUGAGCAUCCGUGGAGUGGAUAGCGGAUUAUAUCUGGGAAUGAACAGCAAGGGCGAACUGUAUGGAUCUGAAAAACUGACAGCAGAGUGUGUGUUUAGGGAGCAGUUUGAGGAAAACUGGUACAACACCUACUCCUCUAACCUCUAUCGGCACGGCGAGCGAGGAUCUCACUAUUAUGUAGCCCUCAACAAAGACGGAACAUCUCGUGAUGGAGCUCGAUCUCGGAGGCACCAGCGCUUCACACAUUUCUUGCCACGGCCUGUGGACCCGGAACGUGUUCCUGAGCUUUACAAGGAGAUACUGGGUCACAGCUGAAACCACUGGACCUCAAACUCGAAACCGAUAAAAAGCACCUGCAUGCUCUUAUUCCCCCGGAGUCUGCUGAGAUAUUUGCAGCCAGCAGGGCUGACCUGUCUCAGCGAGACAGCAGAGAAGCCGGGGGAAGAGGUCCUCUGCUGCAGCCAAGGUUGGAGCACUUGCAGGAGAUGGAAAGCCGUUGAACAGAGCGUUUGAGGCAUCGGGAACAAACUGUCUGGACACUGGAUUGUUCCUGAAGAGUUUGACACUGUAUUGGAUCCAGUUACCUUCUGUACGGGCACAGGGGAUUUGGGAUUAGGAGAGAGUGAGAUUUCCACUGGCGGGCUGCUUGCCAGAGAAUGAUGGACAACUACUCUACUACUUAAAAUUCUAGAAGGCUUCUGAAGGAAUUCUGCGUUAUGCUUUUGAGAUUUCAUACUCUACCAAACACUGGCAUGAACAAACAGGAGACAUAAACCUCCUACAAAACAUUUCUCUUUUGGUCCUUUAAUUUAUGUUUUUUAAAGAUAAUUUAUUUUAUAUAUUUAUUUAUUUUCAAAGUAUAUUUUUUACAAGAAUAUAUGCAAGAUGUAACAGGAUGCCACGAGAGCUAUAUUUUCUACCACUAUAGACUGACAGUGAUUUCUAAAAAUAGAACUACUGAAGAAAGUAUUUUCUUAUGAGUUGUUAAUUUUCUGUUGUAUCCGAUUUUUUUUAAUGUGGUAAGACAUGCUUGUCUCCCCAUGUUUGUUUAUCUCUCAUGUCAUUAAACCAGAUCCUUAAGAGCCCGAGAAUGUUCCAGAAUUCACUGAGGAAUUAAACAGUUCAAUGAUUUCACUUUGUUGUAUAUGUCCUUUCAGUAGACCAUAACCUGUCAAAGGUGAAUAGUUAUUAAUUUCUAUUUAGAGAAGGGGGAAACAGAUUGACUUUUAAGGAAAUGUAAGCAGGAAGUGUAGGUGUCAAUAGUUGGUUGAUUCUCAUUGAUCCUAUUGUGGUAGAAUGAAAUGAUGUUUUGUUCCUAAUUUGAAUGGUGUUUUAAUGACUUGAAAGCCUAAAUAGUUAUCCUAAUCCACCUGUUCUCUUAAGGUCCUUUUCCUAGCUCAA